AUGGAGACGGUUGACCACAAUCGAGCGUUGGCCACCGGUCGAGGCGCUGGAGAUGCCAAGGAGGAGGGAGAAGAUGAAAGCUCUGAGGGCGAGGAGGAAGAGGGUGAGGGUGCCGCCGACCUGCACACCCAGGCACCCGACCAACCCACAAAAAGGAAGAGGAAGAAAUCGAAGAAGAAGCUCGAAAGAGAACGCACCCUGCCCAUCAUCGUGCAGUGGCUGCAGGACACGUACGAGGAGAAGGAGGGCAAGACGGUUGGCCGGUACCAGGUCUAUGACGACUACAUCGAGUUCUGCGCCCGGGCAGGCCACCUCCCCACCAACAACGCAGCACUAGGCAAGAUAUUCAAGCGAGUGUUUCCGAAUGUGGGGUGGCGGCGCCUGGGCAAGCGGGGCGAGAGCAAGAUGCACUACGCCAACAUCCGCAAGCGCAAGGGCAAGGUCGAGCAGGCUGCUCUACAGGCCUCCUCCUUCUUGUCGUCGUCUUCUUCGUCGUCGUUGUUGACCCUCACCAGCGGCAGCGGCGGGAUCAAGGCCGAACCCGACGAACGCGAGCACGGGUACGAGUCGAAGGCCCGCGCGGUUGCCAGGAUCAAGGAGGACAACGACGAGUUUGGGGACGAUGAGGACGACGACAGCGACGGCGACGACAACGAGUACAGUGACACCGGCAGCAGCAGCAACAACAACGGCGGCGGCGACCGCGAGAAGGGUCGGGGAUCAAUCAUGGAGCUGGAGCGGGAGCUGGAGCUCGGCGGGGUCGAAGGAGGCGAUGCGUUCAUCGAGCUGUUGGGCGAGAGCGCGGUGGCCGCACGACACGAUCGAUUCGCUGGGUUCGGCGGUGGCGAUGGGUCCGUGUUCGGCGGUGCGGUGCCGAUGGCGCAGCACCGGACGAAGUUCCCAGGCCGCGAGCGAGAGCGCCGGUGGCGCAGGCGAGAUCACCUGACCACCUCGCGCGAGGAGAUGGAGGAGCCGCGCGGCCUGUUCUUCUCCAGCGGCGUUCCGUCGCCCUCGUCGUCACCGUCUUCGUCGUCGUUCCAAGGCAGCGCGAUGAUGGCCGCCCCGCCCGGCAACCUCUCCAUCUGGAACGCCGACGCGCACCUGGACCUCAUGAUGGCCGUGCGCUACUACCGGGACCGAUUCAGGAAGAUAUCGUGGAGUCUGAUCCCCAUCAACCCGAUGAGCCUCAAGAUGCGACUGCUCAACUACCUCUUCUGCACCGAGGAGGGGCAGCUCGAGCGGAGUUCGCUAUCGCUGUCGGCCUGCGUCAUGAUCAGCAUCGCGAGCUUCGGUGCCGGUCAUUUCGACGUGGCCGAGGAGUUCUUCCACAAGGCCAGGGAGCACUUGAGCUACGUGUUCGACUCGUCCGACUACGACGUGGCGAGCGCGCUCGUGCCGCUCGCCUGGCUCACCACCUUCUUCUCGCCCACGCCGGAGGAAGGCCGCAAUCGUCAGAUCUACUUCUGCACCAUCGGCACCAAGAUAUGCGAGCAGGUGGGCGCCUUGAACGACGAGACCCAUUGGGCACUGCUCAGCACGCUGCACGUCAAGUCGAUGGAGAGUGCGAGCGACGCCAUCACCAAGACCCGAGCCUACCCACCAUACCAAAAGCAGUGGAAGAACACGCGGCUACAACGAGGGCGGAUCUCGGGCACCUACGACCAGACGGGCGAUAUCUUUGGCUCGGUGUUUGCGCUCAGCGUUCCCCUCAUCCGAGGUUUCAGCCUUCCUCCGGAGGAAGAGAGGCGCAUCAAGCACGGGCUGAUGGUCCAGCUGGGCCGACUUCGCGAGGCCGAGCAGGGCCUGGUGCACGCCCAAGACCAGCAGGUGCGGGACAUGAUGGCCGCGUACUACUUCGCCAUGCGUACGUUCAUCAACGUGCUGCUCGAGAACUCGCGACAGAUCGAGACCGCCAGGGAGUUGGUCAGGACGCUGAUGCUGGCGGAUCGCCCCAUCAUGGCCGUGGUCCUUCACGAGCUUUCCUCGAACAAGUUCCUACUCAUUCGCACCGCGGUCCAAGUGCUGGUGCGCUACAAGGAGUACAAGGCCAUAAAGCUCCUGAUGGAGGCCAUCUACCCGUUCACCUCGCGCUUUCCCUGGAUGCACGCCAUCUACGUGCUCACGCAGCAGGCGGUGCAGGAAUCGUUCCACGGCCUGCGGAUCGCGAGCUGCUCCCCGCCCCUGCCGCUCCCCGCCCAGGCCCAGUCGCUUUCCUCCUCCGCCGCCUCCUACCCUCCCCUCAGCGCCCUGGUCUCGGCCAGCGCCGUGCCGCCGCCUCCUGCCUUCUAUCUCCCCUCCGACUCCUCGCCGCUCCAUUCUGCGCCUCACCACCAGCACCCACACUCGCACCCACACCAGCCCCAACCACCCCACUACCAGCCUCGGCCGCACCCACCGCAGCCGCAGCCUCACCUGCACGCGUACGGUCAUCACACGCCGGAGCCGAUGCAGCGCGCCAGUCCCUCGCCGCAGCUGCCCGACCGGCGCCCCUCGUCGGCCUCGUACUCGUACAUCUUCUACGCCGACCCUUCGUCGUCGCUGUCGUCGUCGGCUGCCGCCUCCGCCACCGACCCGGCCUACUUCCCGCUUUCCUCAUCGUCUUCGGCGUCGACCUCGCCCACCGUUGCGCCGACGGCCCCCUUCCAAUCGGCCACCGGCUCGGCCUCCUACCCGACCAUCUCGCCGGAGCUGUCGCCUUUCCCCUCUUCGUCGUCGCGAGCAACGGCCACCUUCCGGCCGAUCACGUCCGAUCAACCCGGGACGACCCACCCGUCGGGGUCGCCGUCGCUCGCGCGGGCGCUGGACGACAUGAGCCUGCUCGAGUCGCUGCUCUCCUCCUCACCCUCGUCUUCUUCGCCCUCCGGGUCGUCGUUGUCUUUCAGCGCCACCUCCUCUACGUCGACGUCGAUGUUGGCCGCCGCCUCGUACGAGCCGCCACCACUACUCGCCCAGCCCUGGGAGCAGGAGAUGCACCUCUACCACCCCCAAGGCCCGCCGCCACACGCCCACACGGGUGGGGGUGGCCAGCCCGCGGUGCCACAGCUGGACCCGGCCGUCCCACGACACGGCAGUGCCUGA